UCGCGUUCCCCUCCCGAAAAAAAAAAAGAUGAGCAACCUCCGCCGCCGCCCCUGUUCGCCGUCGGCGUCGUUGCCGCUGGACGACGACGACCUGCUCUCCGAGAUCCUCCUCCGCCUCCCACCGCAUCCGUCCUCCCUCCCGCGCGCGUCUCUCGUCUCCAAGCGCUGGCGCCUCCUCAUCUCAGACCCUCGCUUCGUCCGCCGGUUCCGCAUCCACCAUCGCCGCCACCCUCCUCUCCUCGGUUGCUUCGUCAGAACGGCCAGCGGCCUAUCCUUCGAGCCUACCAUGUCGGCCCCCAACCGUGUCCCGUCCGGGCUGCUGCGCUUCGACAGCGGCGACUUCUCCCGGCCCCUCGGAUGCCGCCACGGCCUCGCGCUCUUCUCCGGCCAUCCGCCGCAGCGGUUCCUCGUGUGGGACCCCGUCACGGGCGACCAGCACCGGCUACCCGUUCCUCCGGGGUUCCAUCCGGGAACGGACCUUGAGGUCAACGGGGCGGUGAUUCGCGCCGCCGGAGAAGGAGACGCCCACUUCCGGGUGGCGUUUGUGGCAGCAGGCAAGGCACUAGCCCUCGCGUGUGUUUACUCGUCGGAGACCGGCUUAUGGGGCGACAUCAUCUCGACGCCGGUUGCAGUGAAGACCAACCCCCUGGCUAGGCGUUUCCCGGCUCUUGGUCGCCACAUCGUUUCUCCAGAGCACGCUGUGCUGGUUGGGGAUUCCCUUUACUGGCAGCUUACUGGUUGGGAAUCAAGAAUACUUGAAUUCGAUCUCGAGAACCAGAGCCUAGCUGUGAUACGGGUGCCUCUCGAUGUGUGGUAUGAUGGUGGAACCUUCACGAUUACAAGGGCAGCUGGUGGUGGACUGGGUUUCCUCUUCCUGUCUGAAUUCACUGCACAAGUAUGGGAGAGGAAUAUCGGCUGCGAUGGUGUUGCUUCAUGGGCGUUGGUGACAACUACUGAUCUAGACAAGCUACUUUCCCUGGUUCCAAAGCUUCACUAUAACAUAGAGAUACUUGGGUUUGCUGAGGAAAACAAUGUGGUGUUCCUGAUGACAGCGAGGAGUGUCUUUUCGGUCCAGCUCCACUCAUUGCAGUUCAAGAGACUAUCUGAGUUCAACGUCACAGCUGAAUAUUAUCCAUUCGAAAGUGUCUAUACUGCAGGUAUCUAAAGGUCACUCUGGUGGGUUGAGAACUUGAGAUGCAGAAAUGGCUUGUUUGCUCCAGGUUCUUGCUUGUUGGACUAUCCAUGGCGAAAUUCACCCUCUAUAUAGUGGUGAAGUUGGCUUGCAGCUCGCUUCAAUUAAUUAAGUACUAUCUUUCAGUUGGUGUUUCUUGGAGUAUCAAGAUGUUCCAUUUUGUGGGGCUAUUACUUUGCGGUUGCUGAGAGGGUCCUUUUUUUUUUUGGAUAAAUUUGUGUUUCACAAAAAAAAAAACAGUUCAAAAACAUUUUGAACUCAAAUAUCUCUGCGCCUGUUU